CCGAGUCUCCUGCCUCCCGCCCCCCACCCCACCAGCUCCUGCUCCUCCUCCGCUCCCCAUACACAGACACUCUCACACCCGCUCCUUCACUCGCACACACAGACACACGCGCGCUCACACGCUCCACACACACACUCCACUCUCUCCCGCGCGCUCACACCCCUCUCGCCCGGCGCCCUCGCCGGUGCCGUGCCGUGCCGCAACCGGACGCCCCUCCAGGGCUCACUUUACAACGCUGACAGAGCCAGCAGUGGAGGUGGGAUCCACGGCGACAUCCAAUCCCCGAGUCGCGGCCGGAGACUGGACGCCGGCAGAACCUCGCGGCGGCGCUCUCCCAUGAGUUGGGAUCGCAGCAUCCCCCGCCAGCCGCUCACCGCCUCUGGGAGCCGCUGGGCUUGUGCACAGCAGCCCUUCCAGGACAGCAGCUGUGACUCUCCCUCGCUCCAGAUUUCAGGACCGCACUCUAGAAACUCGUUCUAAAGACGGAACCGCCACAGCACCCAAAGCCCACUGCGGGAGAGCGCAGCCCGACCAGCCCGGGCGCUGAGCCUGGACCCUCAACACAGCCGGGCUGCACUGGGGCUGCUUCCUCGAGCCCGACGUCCCCGCCUGCUACACUCUCAGCCUCCGCUGGAGAGACCCCCAGCCCCACCAUUCAGCGUGCAAGAUACCCUCCAGAUAUGCCCUGCGUGCAAGCCCAAUAUAGCCCUUCGCCUCCGGGGUCCACUUACGCCACGCAGACUUAUGGCUCGGAAUACACUACAGAAAUCAUGAACCCCGACUAUUCCAAGCUGACCAUGGACCUCGGUAGCACGGGAAUCAUGGCCACCGCCACGACGUCCCUGCCCAGCUUCAGUACCUUCAUGGAGGGCUACCCCAGCAGCUGCGAACUCAAGCCCUCCUGCCUGUACCAAAUGCCACCUUCCGGGCCUCGGCCUUUGAUCAAGAUGGAAGAGGGCCGCGAGCAUGGCUACCACCACCACCAUCAUCACCAUCACCACCAUCACCAUCAGCAGCAGCAACAGCCGUCCAUUCCUCCUCCCUCUGGCCCCGAGGAAGAGGUACUGCCUAGCACCUCCAUGUACUUCAAGCAGUCUCCGCCGUCCACUCCAACCACACCAGGCUUUCCCCCGCAGGCGGGGGCGCUAUGGGAGGACGAGCUGCCCUCGGCUCCUGGCUGCAUCGCUCCCGGAACGCUGCUAGACCCGCAGAUGAAGACGGUGCCCCCGAUGGCCGCCGCGCGCUUCCCGCUCUUCUUCAAGCCCUCACCGCCACACCCUCCGGCUCCCAGCCCUGCGGGCGGCCACCACCUAGGUUAUGACCCUACUGCCGCGGCUGCGCUCAGCCUGCCCCUGGGAGCCGCUGCCGCCGCGGGCAGCCAAGCUGCGGCGCUCGAGGGCCACCCGUACGGGCUCCCGCUGGCCAAGAGGACGACCACGCUGACCUUCUCUCCACUGAACCUCACAGCCUCCCCUACCGCGUCCAGCCUGCUGGGAGAGAGCCCUAGCCUGCCAUCGCCACCCAACAGGAGCUCAUCAUCCGGCGAGGGCACCUGUGCUGUGUGCGGGGACAAUGCUGCCUGCCAGCAUUACGGGGUACGCACCUGCGAGGGCUGCAAGGGCUUCUUCAAGAGAACAGUGCAGAAAAAUGCAAAAUAUGUUUGCCUGGCAAAUAAAAACUGCCCAGUAGACAAGAGACGUCGAAAUCGAUGUCAAUACUGCAGAUUUCAGAAGUGUCUCAGUGUCGGGAUGGUUAAAGAAGUUGUGCGUACAGACAGUCUGAAAGGGAGGAGAGGUCGGCUGCCUUCCAAACCAAAGAGCCCACUACAGCAGGAGCCCUCGCAGCCUUCCCCGCCAUCCCCUCCUACCUGCAUGAUGAAUGCCCUCGUCCGAGCUUUAACAGAUGCAACGCCCAGAGAUCUUGAUUAUUCCAGAUACUGUCCCACCGACCAGGCCACUGCAGGCACAGAUGCUGAGCACGUGCAGCAGUUCUACAACCUUCUGACGGCCUCCAUUGAUGUGUCCAGAAGCUGGGCAGAAAAGAUCCCGGGAUUCACUGAUCUCCCCAAGGAAGAUCAGACGUUACUCAUAGAAUCAGCCUUUUUGGAGCUGUUUGUGCUUAGACUUUCCAUCAGGUCAAACACUGCUGAGGAUAAGUUUGUGUUCUGCAACGGGCUUGUCCUGCAUCGACUUCAGUGCCUUCGUGGAUUUGGGGAGUGGCUCGACUCCAUUAAAGACUUUUCUUUAAAUUUGCAGAGCCUGAACCUUGAUAUCCAAGCCUUAGCCUGCCUGUCCGCACUGAGCACGAUCACAGAGCGACAUGGGUUAAAAGAACCAAAGAGAGUGGAAGAGCUAUGCAACAAGAUCACGAGCAGCUUGAAGGAACACCAGAGGAAGGGGCAGGCUCUGGAGCCCGCCGAGCCCAAGGUCGUGCGAGCGCUGGUGGAACUGAGGAAGGUCUGCACCCAGGGCCUCCAGCGCAUCUUCUACCUAAAGCUAGAGGACUUGGUGUCCCCACCCUCUGUCAUUGACAAGCUCUUCCAUGACACCCUGCCUUUCUGAGCAGGGAAAACUGAGCAGAGAGCCACUCG